CCGUAUAGAGAAUUAUAACUCUUUAUAAUUAUAAAAGAGUGUAAAUAUAAUUACUAGUCUAACAAUUACACUUUUAUCUAAUUAAUCGGUAAUAUCCAAAGACCCUAAAAGGAUAAAAUUACAUUUAAAAUAAAGUCAAACAUUAGCUAAUGGUUGACUAUUUUGUAAAAAACAAUAAAUAACGAAAAUGUAAUUUAAUAAAAGUUCAGUGAUUAUUUGUGUAAUUUUAUGUUUUUAAAGGACACAAAACUCGAGAAUUUUAAAGUCAAACAUGUUACUUCCGAGCACCCAACUUUAAUUAUGUUGAAGAUCAGGCUAGAUCUUCAAUAGAAUAGUCUUACAAGCCUUUUAAUCUUGGAUUUAAUUUGGAUCAGUUCAUCAUUUGUUGCAAUUAGCGCCAGCUUUUGUAGCUUUACAAUUUUAAGUGCCAAUCCAGCAUGUGUUCCUUAGAAAAACGUGGAAACCUUUUCAUACUCAUCCUCACCGGCCAAAACGGCGAGCACCGGCUCAACCCCAACCUGUUCAGCUCCAUCAUUUCAGCACUUUCACGAGCCAAGACUGAGUCAACCCGUGGUUCAGCUCUCGUCACUGUGUCGCAUGGCAAGUUCUUCUGCAAUGGCUUCGACCUCGAUUGGGUCAACGCUGCAGGAUCCGAUGAAGAAACCCAACAACGCUUCAACCUUUUACUCGACUACCUCAAGCAGCUCGUCCUAGCCUUCAUCUCCCUCCCCAUGCCCACCAUCGCCGCCGUCAAUGGUCACGCAGCCGCUGGCGGCGUAGUGCUCGCCCUUUGUCAUGACUACGUGCUCAUGAGACGUCAUAGAAGUGUACUCUACAUGAUUGAUUUGGAUUUAGGGAUCAAGAUCCCUGAGCCCUUCAUGGCUUUGUUUAGGGCAAAAAUUUGGGGCUCGGCUCGGCGCGAUCUAUUACUGCGCGGGUUGAAGAUAAAAGGAGAAGAAGCACUGAAAAUGGGUAUAGUGGAAGCCGUUUACGACGGCGAGGAAGAAGUUACAAAUUCCGGGAUAGAAAUGGCCGACGAUUUGGCCAAAAGGAAUUGGCAUGGUGAAUUUUAUGUUGAAAUUAGGAAAGGAUUGUAUUCUGAACUUUGCGACAUACUGGGAAUCGCUUCCAAAGCUAUUGCAACUCCUAAACUUUGAUCCACAUAGUCGAAAUGAUUUAAGAAUAAAAAUGGAGGGUCGGCCGAGCGAGCCAACCCUAUUGGUUUCCACAAAUUUUGUCGGCCAUAUGUCUUGAUAGCCAUACAGCACCCACCAGACGAGGGUGGGCGUGGCAUAUUUAGCCAACCGACCCUUUUAAGUUUACCACUUGGGUUUCUAUGCUUAUAUAUAGACGACCUCUUUCGUGCCCCAUAGGAUCUCCACUCAAUGUGGGAUACACAUUGUAAUACUAUAUAGUGUGCUACACAAAUUUGUAUUGUUUGAAUGCAACAAGCAUGGAUGGACAAGCUGCUUCAAACAAAAGCAAGCCCAUCGACCAUGCUAUUCCAUUUGCCAGGCAUUGAUAUGACACAUUUCAAUCCUUUGUAUUUGCCAUCACUCCCAUUUGUGAAUCUAUCUUCAUACCCAAAUUCUAUAUUUUAUUAGUUUAAAGUCUUUGCUAUAUUUCUUAACCCGAAAACCCGAGUCAACAGCAAUCAGAAUAGGAUAGAUCCGAAUCCAAAAAACCUGUCAAAACCCGAUCCCGAACCAAUCCGUCCAAUUUAGUCAUUUCCUGAUUGACCACGGCGCUUUGUAUCUCUCAAGUCUUGUCUCGUUUUCAGACAGUAGUUUCUUUUGUUCCUCAAAACCACCCCCC